AUGCUCGAGCUGGAGACGAAUCCUUGGAGGAUACAUCAGGCGGUGAAACCUGGUCAGGCUAAAAUGAUUUCGGAUGCUUGGGAGCGUCAUGAAAGAGACCGUCGCCUUGUGUCGCUCAGUGCCAAGGAAGUGAAUGAAGUCUAUGAGGAGCAGUGGCAUCGAGCGAUGGACCACUUCCAGAACGAGAUCUUUGUCACCACCCUCACCGUUGGCGAUGAGAAGUCUUUUCAGUCCCAUGCCAUGUCUGAGAAUAGGUUGAUUUCAAAGAACCCCGACCUUGUUGAGAAUGACCGCUUCCCCAAGACCUUUGUCACUGAGGUCUACACAAACACAGAGCGAGUUGCGCAGACGGCUCGCAAACGAGGACAUCGAGUGGGAGCCUCAAUGAGCUUGGAAUCAGGAUGGAACUUUCUCCGUCCACUGGAUCGCAAAGCUGCCAGAGCCGUCCUGAAGCGUGAAAGUCCUUUCUUUUUGGUGCUGGCAUUUCCUUGUUCAUUUUGGAGUGUGUUACUCAACCUCAACCCUCCGAAGAAUGACACCAAGAUGUAUGAGGAAGCGAUCACCCUCUUGCAGUUCGCCCUCCAAUUGGCCAAGGACCAGAAGAGUCGUGGUUGUCACUUUGUUUUGGAGAACCCUCAAUCCUCUAGAGCAUGGACCCUGGAAGAGAUGCAAAGAGCCUUGGAGCAACUUGAGGCCCGUUGUGUAGUCUUCCACCAAUGCCGAUUCCGCUUGAAGAACCAGGCGGGUGACCUACUUCGGAAAGCUACGAGGAUAGCCACUUCGAGUGAUGAGGUCCUUUCCCAACUGGACGGCAUGAAGUGUCUUGGCAAUCACCCUCAUGGUCACAUCAUUGGGGGAAAAGCUGUUUCAGAGCCCGCUGGCCACUAUCCGUGGGCCCUCGCCAAGGCCCUGGUGGUUGGAAUGGAAAAGCAAUUUGAAGCUGACUUCAAAAGACCACACAACAUCCUUGCCAUCGAAGACGGUGAGGAGGCUGAAGAUGAGACCGCCCUGCCGAUUGACAUGAACCAGAGUGACUCUGAUCAGGAGUCCACUGAAGCUGUCACUGGACCCAAGGUGUCAGCUCAUUCGGCCUUGGGAAAAGAUGAUGUUGAACUUUGUCUCCAGGAGGCAGUAAGCGCCUACAACUCGGACAUCAACGACGCUGGUGUCUCUCCUAUGCAAGCUGCCUUUGGAAAGCAACCCCGGAUGCACGGAGAUUGCCUUGGUGAUUUUGGUCGCCGCUUGAGUGAGCAUGGACUCAUCGACUCCCGGCCGAGUUUGGCCAGACAAGUUGCCAUGCGAGAGACUGCUCGGUUGGCGAUGGUAUGGCAAGAUGCCAUUCAGGAAGUCAUCGAUGCGGCAUACCAUGAUCGACAGAUACCAACGACCUCCUCAUCUACAACCACCUCGGCUGAACCCGAAGCACAGGGUGGACCGAUGACGGGAGUGCCUCUACCUGUUGAACCUGUUCCUCUUUCGGCCGUACCUGAAGAAGCUCCUGCCGAUCUACCACCUUUACAUCCUCAAGAGUUCGUGCAAGCCCUCGGCAAUGCUCAAGGUGGUCCUAUCUCAAGAGGAUGGUCUCGGCAUACUUCUUCUUUGCCAGACUUAGGUACAUCUCCAUUUCCUGAAGCUGUACGAGCUGCCUUUGAACAGAGACGGCAGAGCGUUUCCAGUGCCGCCCCAAGUGCUAGCGGCGAGUCACAAGCUUCCAAGAGGCCUGCUGAACUGGAUGCUGAGCGCUUGCGUGAAGAAGCUCUUCAACCAGACCCUGUUGCUCCAACUCCGGCUCAACCUCCGGAUGAAGUUCCUGAUGAAGCUUCAGAAGCCCUGAGAGUGACUCAUGAAGUGAUGGAAAUGGAAGCAUAUGCCAAUGUGCAUCCGCUCCGUCAGAUCCAGAUCAUGGCGGAACAGGAUCGUCUGAAUCCCUUGGAAGCCAGAGUCCGAGACCAUGGGACAUGGCGUGGCAAUUGGCCUCUCCCCUCGAGGACAGAAUUCAGACGACGGCAAAUGCUGAAGCAACUUUGGCCCCUUGGCAAUGACGAUGCUGCUCAGGAAGUGCUUGCAGUGCUCACUGCUCGUAAGGAGCAUGUAUGGAGUCACAUGUCGGACUUUGAGAAAAAGGAGUUCCGUGAAGCAGCAGCCAAAGGAUGGUCCGUAUGGGUUGAAAAUGAGGCCAUCGAACCUCUUCCAGAUGCCGAAGCUGCCCGCAUUAGGCAGAAGUUGAAGACAGAAGGUGAAAGCCACCGCAUCUUGGUUCCUCGCUUCGUCUAUGUGGACAAGAAUGACGGACUGAGGACGGCAGACCGGGACCUUCCACUCAAGGCCAACGCCAGGCUGGUCGUCCCCGGAUACCAAGACAUUAGUGCAUAUGGCCUUCGCUGUGAUGCUCCAACAGCGUCGAGAACUUCUCAGCAUCUUUUGCUGACCUUUGCCGCCAGUAUGAAGUGGAAGCUGGCAAGUGCUGACAUCAAGUCGGCAUUCAUGAAAGGUGAAGAGUUUGGCCCCAAUGAACGCAUCCUCUACCUCGCCAACGUGAAGACCAGAGCACCUGAUGAGCCACGCUUACCAUUCUCGGAAGCAGGCUUAUGCCGUGUGAAAAAGGGAGUAUUUGGCUUAGCUGACAGCCCUCGUCGUUGGUAUAAGAGGUUAUGCAAGUCAGUACAACACCAUGUUUGGCAACUUUCAGCUCUGGAUUCGGCCAUGUGGUUCCUGUGGGAAGGCUCCAAACUGGAAGGCAUCCUCAUCUCCCACGUGGAUGACUUGCUACUGGCCGGAGGCCCUCGUGCGCACCACACCUUGCAAUUGCUGGGUGCCGAACUUGGGUUUGGUUCCACCUCCACCGGAACCAUAACCUAUUGUGGAAAGAAGAUUGAGCAAGCUGAAGAUUUUUCAGUGAAAGUUUCCAUGGAAGAGUACCAUAGCAAUCUUCAGCAGGUGCGCAUCAACCCACUUCGAAAGAAGAAUCCAGAAGCUACUUUGAUGCCUGGGAACAACGCCAGCUCAGAGCUCUCCUCGGGAGUUUGCAGUUGGCAUGUUUUGAAUGAAGAUUUGGCCGUCAACGUGUGCCGUCAGGCCGCCGCUCGUCGCAUGGCCACCCUGCUGGGAGAAUCCGUUGGGGAGACAGUUGGGUAUCGAACACGCUACGAGAAAUGCGUCUCCUCCAGGACGCGCAUCGAGGUGGUCACAGACGGCAUCCUCGCGCGGCGCCUGCAGGAGCAGAUAUCCCGUGACCUGGGGCGCUAUCUCGAACUGGAUGAUGCAUCCUUGGCGCUCUACGAUGGCUUUUGCUUGCGCCGGAAGAAAGCCUGCAUUCGCCUGCGUGUGCUGGAUGGCGUGGCAUACGUUUUGGAUAUGUUCCCAGGAUAUCAGAGUCGCCACCGCAGCACUCUCCACGCUCUGGCACGGGUCCUGGCGCGCUUCGGGCCGCUGCCGAACCUGGAGGUGACAAUCGAUGUCACAGAUGGUGAGCUGCAGAAGAUCGAUUUGCCGAUCUUGGUCAUCACUCACAAGAAGGAGGAGCCUCGAGGGAUUUUGUAUCCAGACUUCACAUUCUAUUCGUGGCCAGAGAGUAGCUGCCCUCCUGAGACCUCUCACGACUACAGUUACCUCUUUCAGAAGUUUAAGUCUUGGCAUCAUCGCUAUGCACCGUGGCAGAACCGGAGCGAUCUGGUUUUCUGGCGCGGCGCCCCUGUGGACGACGAACGGGCACGAGAGAAGGUCGUGCAGCGCUUUCAACGAGAAGUGGAAAAAUCAGAUGUGAAGUUCAUGUCGUGGAAGGUGGUCUCCUCGACAGGCCUCAAUGAGGUGCAAGGCUGCGUUGGCCUCUUGGAGCAAUGCCAGUACCGCUACUUGGCCUUCUUGGCAGGAACCACGUACUCUUCCCGCAUCAAAUACCAGCUGCUUUGUGGUUCUUUGGUCUUGGCUCACGAGCCCCGAUUCAUUGAGUGGUGGAGUCACCUGCUUUUGCCCGGUGUCCACUAUGCACCAGUGCAAUCCGAUUGGAGUGACGUGUCGGUGAUGAUGGAGCUUUUGCGUCGGCAAGAGACACAAGCGAGGAGAUUAGCACGUCAAGGCCAGCGACUGGCACAAGUGGCUUUGUCCCCCACGGCGGUGGAUUGCUAUUGGUGGAAGCUCUUGGUGAUGAGUGCCAAAGUGUUGCCAUACCCAACUGACACAUUGCCACCGACCGCCCGACCCUUGGAGGAUGCUUUGCUGCUGCCGGAAGACGCAGUGCUCUCAUCUGAGCACGGCCUGACGGGCGGGAUCCCGAUGCAUCUGCCGCCCAAGCGGGAGACGCAGGAUCCCAGUUGCUUCGGGAACGGCCGCAGUUGGGAAACAUGCUGCGAUCCCUACACUUUUGGGGCGCUUGGAAAUCAGGACUGCUGGCUGCAUUUGGCCAUGGAGGAGCAAGGAAUCCUUCACGAGGCACUGGACGAAGUUACACCCAGAAAUGUGGAGCUGUGUUGGCUCACGCGCAGCCCGUGGAUUUGGAUGCCUUCUUCGCGAGAUGUUGCCAUGGCCGACGGUGCUUUGCCCAAGACCUCCGCUGUGCUUUUCGAUGAGUUCCACGAGCGAAGCCUGGGAAAUGAUAUUGCCUUCACUUUGAUCCUUCAUGCACAAGAAGCCAGGCGUCACAAAGGGCUGCCGGACUUGCGGCUUGUGGCAAUGAGUGCCACUUUGAGCGAUCGCCUAGCCAGCAGGCUCUCGGGGCUGCUGGGCGGCGCACGGGUGGUGCGCUCGGAGGGCCGUGAGUACCAUGUCCAGCUCCGGCACGCCUCCGACAGCCGCAGCCUCCUGCGUGCGACCAAGGGCUUCGAGACUAAGGCUGAGCUGGCCAAGAAGGUCUGCGUGGCCGCCACUGAGGCACUUCAGUGGAGAGCUUCUUCGAAUGAAGAACCAGGAGACGUUCUGUGCUUCCUUCCGGGCGAGCCUGAGAUUCGGCGCUGCCAGAAGCUUUUGGAGGUCGCAAAGCCUCGACCGACACGGGGCUUUGGUGAGGCCCCAGCCUCCGCUGCCGCGUCUCAACCGAUUGAUGUGUUGCCGUUGCAUGGAUCCUUAGAUGCAGAGGCUCAGGAUCUGGCGGUGCAGCCGGGUGAGCCCGGAAGGCGCCGUGUGAUUCUGGCCACGAACGUCGCCGAGGCCUCCAUCACGGUGUCAGGAGUGACCUCUGUGGUGGACAGCGGCUUGCGGAAGAGGUCCAUUUUCAACUCUACGACUGGCUUUAACAGAUUGGAGUUGGCUGCCGUCUCAGCUGCUUCGGCGGACCAGCGGCGAGGGCGUGCAGGCCGCGUGAGAGAUGGCCUGUGUCUUCGUUUGUGGGCCAAAGGCCAAAAGUUGGUGCCGGAGGAUGUUCCUGCCAUCGGGGAAGAGGACCUGACCGGUGCCAUUUUGCAGCUGCUGAGCACUGGCGUGCCGUUGCAAGGGAUCUCCGAGUUACCGUGGCUGGACUGCCCGCCCAAAGCUUCCGUCAACCAUGCGGAAGAGGUAUUGACUUUGCUGGGCGCUCUGGAGGGGCAGGAACUCACCGCUCAUGGCCGACAAAUGGCGAGGCUUCCGUUGCAUCCUCGUUUGGCGCAUUUGGUGCUUUGUGCAGAGACCAAGGAAGCUGGUUCGGGGCCGUCGAUUGCAUCUCUUUGUGCUUUACUGGAGGAAGAGCGUGAUGUUCUGCAGGAUGCUCAACGUCGAGUUGGCGCUUGUGCAGACGUAGCUACAAGGCUGCUUGUUCUGAAUGGAGAAGAGAUACCAAAACGCUACAAAGAUAUCUCCGAGUCGCGCAAGCCCUGUGCUCGAGUCUGGCAGAACGCCCAGCGUUUGGUGACGGACCUGCCAUCGGCUGCUCUCCCGUUGAAGAGUUGUGGCCCGCUGGUGGCCUUGGCCUACCCGGAACGUGUGGCCAGGCGUGGCAAAAACGGCCGCUUCGUCUUGCGAGAUGGAUCUCGCUGUUCUGUCAAAGAUCCGCUUCUACAAGAGCAGGAGUUCCUCGCUGUGGCUCGAGUCUUCAAGCAUGUUGUCACAAUGGCAGCACCACUGUCCACGGCAGAGGCAGUUCACCUCUUGGGAGACGGCUGA